AUGAAGGAGCUCAAUAGGCCACUGGAAGACGUUUGCAAUAUUUGGGAGUACGACGAACAAGUACUGGCGCUCAUGAACCGCGUUGAAGUAAAAUCGUCCAAUCAUCUAGGAAUGGACGCGCUCGUUUUCCCGAGCGAAGUCGAGAAAACUGCACUCCUAGAAUUCUUCCGUGAUAUUGACUUUGACGAGACAACUACCGUUGACGAAACUCCCAUCGACGAGUCUGAGGCUUCUGGAGUUUCCCCCGGACCCACAGAGACCAGCGCGUUAUCACAAUUGGAUAUUACCGACCUAGAGAUUCGAACUCCCGAAAACCUUGAGUUUUUGGCGAUGCCCCUGACAGACCCAACGUUCCAGUUUGCUUUCCUCAAGCGUGCCAGCCAGCUAACUGGCUACCGCGUUCCUGACCCGGAAAUUUCAUCUGUGACCGAGAUAUCCAGCCUCUUGAAAUUGUUCACUGCGGCAUCUAAACCCAAGCCAGCAAAGCUCGCCGAUAUCCUCAUCGCCGAGGGCAAGUUUGCUGCUCUUCCCAACGUGAAAAUCUUUGAUAGGAGACAGACGCCAAUUGAUCAAGAAAAGGAGGUUGGACGAUGGAAGAUUAUCGAGGAGGAACUUACAAAGAGGGGCCUGCCUGUUACUGGACGCGUGAAAACAUAA